AUGGCCAAGUCACCCAAGAGACAAGGAAGCCCGGGGCCCGAAAACUCAGGUUUGAAAAAAGCCAAAAGGGAAGAUAAUGACACACUGUUGGAAGACGAGGGACCAGCGUUCGAAAUCGGAAGUGGUACAGCCAGUGAAAGUUUAGAGCCAGGAUCUACUGAUUUCGGAUCGGACAUGCCCACUCCUUUCGAUAGUAUGGUCGAUAGAGCCACAUCAGGCGUUGUUCUGCCGGAAAGUAAGACCCCUACAACGAAUUUGGUAAAUUCUACAAGUGUCGCCGCACAAGACAAAAAGAAAGGGAAACCCAAGGGAAUGCAGCAAACUACCAAAAAAAUGCAACAAUCGGUGCAAGCAGGCGGGUCGAAUGUAUCGGGCAACAGCGGUGGGACCACAAGUGGCCCCGGUAAUUCAACUGCAAACGCAAAUCAGCCAUCCUCCAAGAUGCAAACAGAUCCGGACAAGUUGAGUGACGCUCUUUUCUCUGCGGGUGUCGAUAUCCGUGAAGAAGAAGCUUUGCUAAACUCGUCCAUGAACAUCACGAAAAACAGCGCACAACACUCGGACAUGGCCCUCAAUAACACACUGCCGCCACAAGUGCCGCUUCUGCAUCCGUCUCAGGUUGCGGACUACAUGAAAAAAGUGGGCACGGAACAAAAUUUCAAUCAAGAUUUUUCAAAAGCUCACGACGUGCUAAGUUUGAUGUCUUCGGCUUGUGAAGCGUUCAUGAGGGACAUAAUAACUAAUUCUCUCGUUCUUUCAAGGCAUCGCCGUCGGUCUAUAAAACUAAAUUCGAAUCGUCGAAGCGACGUGUCGCGUGCGCUGCGAGACAUCGCCAUUCAGCAAAAAGAACAGGAGGAGAAAAGAGUCAAAAGAAGGAUUUCUAUGGGGCUGGAAAAGGAGACAGCAGAGGCUAAAGUUGAGACCGAAGAAACGUUGCAUAGAGCCUCCAAUGCGACUGCUAACAUGAUGACGGGUGGUAAGAAGAAAUACAGCUGGCUGAACGCCGGUCCAAAGACUAACAACAAUUCUGUUAAGGUGCUAGGUAAAGUGUCCUCAGAUGUUGCUGCUCGUGGCGAGAUUGGAAUUCGAUAUCGCGAAGCUAGAGAAGAACCGGGUAUUGUAAUGAGAGAUUUACUUAACGCUUUGGAGAACAGAAGAGUUGGUGUCAACACAGUGAUUCCGAAGGGCUAUGCAAGAAUAAGAGAUUGA